AUGCCAUCAUCGUUUAUUGAUCUUCGUUCAGAUACAGUAACAAAACCAACAAAUGAAAUGCGUCAAGCAAUGUUCGAUGCCGAAGUUGGAGAUGACGUUUAUGGUGAUGAUUUAACUGUAUUAAAAUUACAAGAAAUGGCAGC